AGUCACUGUCAUCUUUGUUUAUGAAUAAAUUUUUGUUAUUAUUAAUUUUCCAAAUCGCUAUUAAUAUUGUUAUUUGUACAAGUUUAACGAAUUUUCUGGCAUUCCGGCUCGUGGUAACUUCGUGUGGUAAAAUUAUACAGUUAAAUAAAUCCAGAGUGUUUCUAUACGAACGCAAAACUUACGAAAGUGGGACAUGCAUUGUUAUUUAAUAUGGAAAAGAGCUGCAGGGCGACUUAAAAAUCUAUCUUAAUUAACAUGAAAGAAAGGAAAUAUUUCGUGUGAUUCGAUAAAACACUAGCGAAUACUUCAAAAUGUGCGACAACUUCAACGACUAUUUCCUCGAAGCCAAUAAAUUCGCUGUAGUGUAUUUCGACACCAACGACAUUAACAGAAAUCUCAAUCACGAAAAAUCAGGGAACGUUUUCCUAGAACUAGAAUCCAAGUACAAGCUAGAAGAUCGAAGAGCUAGCUUUAACGAACCAUCAGCCAACAACCAUUACAACGACUUUUACACGAUCGACAGAAAUCCCAGCAUAAGAAAACCCACUCCAAGGAAACCGACAACAAACGUAUCGGCGAAAUCGAGGAAACAAUACGACACAUCGAGACCCUACCAAUGCUCCUACUGCCCCAAAAGAUUCACCCAAAAAGGCAACAUGCACACUCACGAGCGCCUCCACACCGGCCACUACCCCUUCGAAUGCCACGUGUGCUCCCAAAAGUUCCCCCAAUUGAGCAACCUCAACCGGCACAUGCUCAACCACACCACGGAGUUCUUCCGGUGCGGCGUUUGCUUUAAGCAACUCAAGUCGAAGACCGAGCUGGUCAAGCACAGCGACACCCACAAGCCCGAGAAGAUCUACUCGUGCUCGGCCUGCUCCAAGAAGUUCAGCUACGAGUGGAGCCUGAAGGCGCACGAGAAGGUCCACAGGGAGAGGCCGCGCGAGCCCCCCGCCGGCCCCGCCGAGGCCUCGGCCUACUUCAAAUGCGGCUCCUGCCGCGAGAAGUUCUACAGCAAGGGGGAUUUGAAGGAGCACGAACGGCUGCACGUGAAAAGUGUGCCCGAGUGCGCGGGUUGCAAGAAGAACUUCAGGCACGUGGGCCAUCUGGCUAGGCAUUUGAAAUUAUGCUGUAAACAUUCGUAAAAUACUAUUAUUUUAUUGUCGUUAAUUUAGAAGUGAUACAAUUGUAUAUUUAGUUUUACUGGUUAAUUUAUUUUUUUUUAUAUCGCAAUAAGCCAAACUCUUGUACCUCAUGAAUAAAAUUUUUAUGAUAAAUA